AUGGAAGCAUCAGCCCUGGCGAGGCACCCCUUCCAGGACGAGUCCUCCUUAGCCAUCGCCAAUGCCCGCUACCAGUGGCCGUCCAGUCCCGAGCACUCCGAGAAGCUGCGGGACCUGACGCUCUGGCUCUUGGCGCGGGACCUUUCGAUGUUCGGUUUUCGCUUCGAUCGGACCCGUCACGGCCCAUGGCUCGCGAUGACGCCCGGUUUCACCCCCAUGGAGAUGCCGGAGCGGGCAGCAUCUUUGCUGUGCAGCCUGCUGGUGCUCGUGUUGUGUCUUCUCAAGGGGCUUCACAAGCUUUGGCAGCAUCGCCAGCAGAUUGCAGCCGCGCUGCGGAAGUUGCCGCAGAAUUGCAGCAGGCUGAAGCGCAGGUGUGGUCCAGAGAUGUUGCGGAGCGAGGUGUCCAAACUGCAACUAGAUUUUGCCCGACCAUACCUGGGCAUUAUGGCAGCAUUCAUGUGCAUAUCUGUGCUGUCGGCCCAAGCUCGGAUGAGGUGGGGCCCAGAGCAGAACCUGCAAUUGAGGUUUGUUGCAUCCAAUGUAUCCAUAUGGAAUCGGAUUGUCUUGGCCUUGCUUAUUGCUGUUGCACUUUGGGUGCCUUGCGCAUUGACCGUGAGAACGCUGGACCUUUGGAACUUCAUCUUCAACCUCCACGUUCUGGUGUUUCUGUCUCCAAGCUCGAUGCCUAUUUUUGCGGUGUUCGAGGCUAGGUUAUUCAGCCUUCUCAUAAUUCAGUUGCCUUGCAUGAUCUAUGUACAGAACAUGCUUGUGGCAUUGUUCGGCUACCUAUGCGUCGCGCUGUGUGUCAUUUUGCGCUCUUUGACUGCCGACCCUGAAACAUCCGCCAACACCUUGCUUGGACAUACGCAUGCCGUCGUCGCAGCGGAAGUCGUCCUUUUUCCAGCCAUCUUCGCGCUGGUGAGCGUUGUGCACAAGAUGUUUCAGAAGAAAGUGGAGGCGCGCAUUCGGGAGAGCGAUGCCACUUCUCAGCUUGAUGCGGCCUCUGCCUUGCUUCGUUUGACCUGUGAUGCGGUCAUCGAGCUGGACAGCGAGCUACGACUCAUGGAUCACUGUCCGAGGCUGGCGGGCCUUCUGCUCCGUGGUGCCUCCUUGCAAGGCGUGCGCUUCACGGACCUGAUUUCAAGAGCAGAAGCAGCGCGGGCGGAAGAUCUGCUGGGCAAUGCGCAUAUUGAUAGCACCUGCUCUUUUGCCAAUGCCUUCCACACGCAUUUGGUGGAUAGCUGUGCCAGCAAGUUUCGCACUGAGGUGUUCCAGGUGAAGUAUCAGAUGUCCAACAAUGAGGUAAGGCACUUGAUCGGUCUGCGGGAUUUUACGGAUGUGAAGUCAUUGUCCGGAUGCAAAGCGACUGAUUCCAUGAGUGAUGCUGUCCAGGAUAAGUUUGGUCCAUACACAGAGUUCGACACUCAGAAUGGAGGCCCUAGUUCCAUAGCUUACCUUGAGAGCCCUCGCGACAGUAGUCGCAGCAGUCACCAGAGCCAGAGCAGCUACGCAAUGAUCGAAUCUGAAGCUGAGUGGACAGCAGACAAGCGUGACAUUCCAGAGCAUGGAGUCGUGGAGCAGGUGAUCGAAUUGAAGAGGAAGAAUAUCAUUCUCGAGUUGGACAUGCGAGCCAUGCUGGUUUCUGCAGCGUGUGCUCCAGUGACCGCGCUUGUUGGUCGACCCCUGCAGGACGUGUUCAUGAACGAUUACACAGUGGACUUGUGUCAUAGGCUACUAGCUCAUGCUCGGCAACUUCCCUUUAUUCCGGACACGGCUGUGAGCUUUGAGCACAUGCCCAUUUUUUGCGCUCCUCGGGUGAUUGAAGCCACAGGAACCAUGCAUGUGCUUCAGACAGGCUCAGCUGGCUUGAGAGUGAUUCUUAUUUUUUGGUCUGUUGUUGAUCGGAUCCGGCUAUAG